AUGGCAGGGUUACCCGGUCGGGCGUUUGGCUGUGCGCAGGAGUUCUACCCGGCGGGCGCGCACAUCAUACGGCAGGGCGCGAGCGGCGCCACCUUCUUCAUCAUCAGCGGCGGCAGCGUGCGCGUGACGCAGCGCGCGCCGGGGCGCCGGGAGGAGGAGCCCAUCCGCACGCUGGCGCGCGGCGACUACUUCGGCGAGCAGGCGCUGCUCAAGGAGGACUGCCGCACGGCGUCCGUCAUUGCGCUCCCGCCGGGCGUCGAGUGCCUCACGCUGGACCGCGACUCCUUCAUCCAGCUCAUCGGCGACCUGAGCGAGCUGCACGAGCGCGACUACGGCGACGAGAGCCGCGGCCUCGCCGCCGCCCCGCGCCCCGCCUCCGCCGCCAGCCUCUACGACGCCGAGCUAGAUUCGUGGGCCAACUGACACAUCAAACUUCGAUUCUUAUCCAAGAGAUAAUGACAUACCUCCUGAUGAAUUUUCUAAUUGGGAUAUUGAUUUUUAAAAUGAAGGAGCACCAAUUUCUGCAACUGGUUCCUAUUAAAGUUAGUUUGGUUGAAUAUAUUCAAAUGUCAUGGCAGUUUCAGAUACAGGCUUGGAAAGACAGAAGAAUGUUACAAUAUUUUCAAAGAUAAACUUUCUUCAAGAAAUAUUUUCAACACAAAAAUAUGGACAAAAUGAGAAUCAGUCACAUGCCUUAUGGCAUAAAUAGAAGAGUGUGAAUUGUUCAUGAGGCCAUGGUGUAUUCUCAAAAUCGACAGGAUCCCGUCCAGUUACUUACACUUCAAGGAACGUUCUUGAAGAUUCUGAUUUUCUUUCAUUAGAAACUGGUAGUAAUUUUCUCCAGCACAAUUACUACAUGAACAAUGUUGACAGUAUCUUCCAAGAUCUGGAAAUAUUUUUAAAUCAACUCUGUGGCUUGUUUUGUGUGUAAAUAUAGCAGUAUAUGCUGAAUGAACGUGUGAAUGUAUUUGUGAACACAUGUGUGCACAGUGAUUUUUACAAUAAUUUAAAAAGAAGUAUUGAAAGAUUAGAAUGUUAAUCUUGUAGCCUAGUCUAACUUUUGGGAUAAACUUUAUCUUGAAAUAAAUAUUUUAGUGUACAUUUUUAAUAAUCAGCUAUUUUUGAGACACCAAGCAUAAAGAGUUUCCUGUUAAUAAAUUGCAGGAACAAUAAACAAGUAGAUAUAUUAUAAUGUUUGCCCUAUACACAUACAUGGCUUUGUUCAAGAAGACAAAGAAAAUUAAAUAUUUCAAUCAAAAUUAAUUUCUGUUUGUAUUUCCCUUAAUUUAGUUUGCUAAUCUUGGCCUAUAAAUAUAUACAACAAGUCUUCAGAAUCAUUAGCUAUAAUGCGCGGGUUUACUUUGUCCAACUGAAGGUAGAGCACUAGUAUCCCAAUUUCUUUGCAACUGAUUUAACGAGUGAUAGAGUGUACUACAUUGAUAUGCAUAUCAAUUUAAUAAAAGCAGGAGGAAGGAUGGAGGUCUCUUAAUUUUACAUACUUAAUUUUCAUGUAUAUUUUUGUGUGAAAAUUGUUGUUUGUAUUAUUAAAUAGAAACUAUAUGUUUAUGAAAUUAACUGUUUCAUUUGUGUGAUAAAAUACUUGAAAAAUAAGAUUUGUUAAUGGAUACAAUUGAGUUUAGAAUUUGGAAAGUCAUUUUACAAACCCUACAUAACAUGCUAUCAAGUGAUAUUCUACCAAGUGUCCUUCAAUAAUGAUUUGAAAUUACAUUUUUAUGAAAAACCUUUUUUUUUGUCAAUAAACCAGUUGUUAUUCCAAAAAGAUACAUUAAAAAUAAUUAUGGAAUAGCAGAAUAUAUUUUAAGUGUAUUUUUAAACAAUAAUCUCUCAUGAAUUCGUUUCAAAUUAUUUUUUUGAAAAGCACACUCACAACAAAUAAAUUGUCUGCAUAUUCCUAUUGUUUCCAUUUUCAUCAAUGUCCUCAUUGUCCAUCUUGUGCCUUCAUUAAUUGUCUUUAUGAAACAUGGUCUUCCCUUCAUUUUGCCAGAUGAAUUUAGUAGAUAAAAAAUUGUCCAUAGUGUGCAAGUUGGGAUCAAAAGGAUCUAAAGUUUUGAAAGGGCAUUUUUAAUGCAAAAACAAUUUGAUUAUAUACUCAUAAAAUUAGAUAAGGGUACUUUUCAUCUUUUCAUACAUUUGAUUUUGGAGUCAUAUGGCUGUGAUCCUAGUGCUCUAAAGUACGCUCAUUGCUAUGGUGGUGUUGUCCAUAUCCAUAAGUGAGCUCUAUUGGAUUCACAAGCUCCAGUGCAUUGUUAAGCAUUCUAAAUUGUAGAUGACAAUUGUAAAAUUAUUAUCUUUCUCUCUUGUAUUCAUACUUUUGUUUUCAUAUCUUGUUCGCAACUUGAGGCACUGUGGUGAAUUGAAGAAAAAAAAAAAAAGAACAGUGGCUG